GAUCUUCUUGCCUCUUUUCCCUGUGUCCUGUUUUGCUCCAUCCCCGGCUCCCCCAGACAGGCCACCAUCCCCUGUCAACGUGACUGUGACGCAGCUGAAGGCGAAUUCUGCCACUGUCUCAUGGGAUGUCCCUGAAGGAGAUGUGGUCAUCGGCUAUGCCAUCUUACAGCAGCGGCAGGACGGGCAGAUGCAGCGCUUCAUCCGGGAGGUGAACACCACCAACAGGGCCUGCGUGCUGUGGGACCUGGCAGAAGAUGCUGACUACAUCAUCCAGGUGCAGAGCAUUGGCCUGUAUGGGGAGAGCCAAGCCAGCAAGCGCGUGCACUUCCGGACGCUGAAGGAGACCGACCGGCUCCCCUCCAACAGCUCCAACCAAGGUGACAUCACUAUGGAAGGGCUGGACAAGGACAGGCAGCUGCAGACAGGCGAGAUUAUCAUCAUUGUGGCUGUGCUGCUCAUGUGGGCAGCCGUCAUCGCCCUCUUCUGCAGACAGUAUGAUAUCAUCAAGGACAACGACUCCAACAACAACAAGGAGAAGACGAAGCCGUCCUCAGAGCACAGCACGCCAGAGCGGCCCACGGGGGGGCUGCUGCGGAGCAAGAAGAAGUCCCCCUCUGUCAAUAUUAUUGAGGUGUAAGUGCAGCACCAGCUUGGCAUCUGGGGUCCCACCAGAGCCGAAAACAGGCCUGGGAAGAAGAGGCGGCAGUGGGCACCCAGCCUGGCAUUCUGCAUGCGAAGAUCUGCGUAUCAGAACUGACGCU